AUGGGAAUGCUUUUCGUGUCAAGAAAUCUCUACUUCUUCAUAGAAAGUGUAAAAGUGAACAGAAAGAGCUGGUAAGUCUUUUUUUUGUAUGAUACACUAGAUUAUUCUUUAUUUGCAGGUUUUACUACAACAUCAAUUUAACGAAAUUGAUGAAUCUCUUCGAUCAGUGAGAGAUGUGUUCAAUAACAAGAGGUUUUUAUUAUGUUUAAUGAGAAGAAAGAUUCAACGAACUACUAAAGGUGAGUAAUGAACGUCUCCAGAAUAACAACAAAGAAUUUAAAUGAAUAAGAUAUAUUUCAGCAGGAAAUGUUGAAUGAGCAUUCGAAAUUCUGAGAAAAACAGUUUAUGUAACGACUUGAAGAAUCUUUUUUCCGGAUGGGGGAGAAAGUGAAUAAUCAUUUGAUUGUUGUUGUUAAUUCUUUGUUAUUUCAUCUUCUUUGUUUUUAUUUUGAAAAAACAAAUAUCUUGUUUGAUUGAAGCCAAGUGAAAAAGUUAAUACCUCGGAAGAGGUAGCCAUGUUUGGGGUUCAUGGCUAGGUGGAAGUGUUGUGUAUAUAGAAUAAAAGAUAACGUGGGAGAUAAAACCACUAUAUAAAGAGCGGUCUCACAGGCUCUAAACAAUCGCCUCACCGCUGCACCGGAGUCGGACGAUGACAUGCCGGAGCACGACAGUACCCCGCCCUCGGCCGUUGCCUCUACUACUUGA